GAAAUGGAGAUCACAACUUUUCCAGUUAUUGACAUGGAAAAACUCAACGGUGAGGAGAGAGCAGCAACUAUGGAAAAGAUUAACGAUGCUUGUGAGAACUGGGGCUUUUUUGAGCUGGUGAACCAUGGGAUAGCUCCUGAGUUCAUGGACACCAUGGAGCGACAGACAAAGGAGCACUACAGAAAGUGCAUGGAGCAGAGGUUCAAAGAAAUGGUGGAAAGCAAAGGUCUCGAGGUUGUACAGUCAGAGAUCGAUGAUCUGGACUGGGAAAGCACUUUCUUUGUGCGCCACCUUCCUGUCCCUAACAUCUCUGAAAUCCCUGAUCUCCAUGAAGAUUACAGGAAGGCAAUGAAGGAAUUUGCAGCACAAAUUGAGAAAUUGGCUGAGCAACUUUUGGACCUUCUGUGUGAGAAUCUUGGACUGGAAAAAGGGUACCUGAAGAAAGCUUUCUAUGGAUCAAAUGGUCCAACUUUUGGAACCAAAGUCAGUAACUACCCUCCUUGCCCAAAACCAGACCUGAUCAAAGGCCUUCGAGCCCACACCGAUGCAGGUGGCAUCAUCUUACUCUUCCAAGAUGACAAGGUCAGUGGCCUUCAGCUUCUCAAGGAUGGCCAAUGGAUCGAUGUCCCACCAAUGCGUCACUCCAUCGUCAUCAACUUGGGAGAUCAACUUGAGGUAAUUACCAACGGAAAAUAUAAGAGCAUAAUGCACCGGGUGAUAGCUCAACCAGAUGGAACAAGGAUGUCCAUAGCUUCGUUCUAUAACCCCGGAAGCGACGCCGUUAUCUAUCCGGCACCGGCUUUACUUGAGAAGGAAGCUAACGAUGAGAAAAAAGUCCAAGUAUAUCCCAAAUUUGUGUUUGAGGAUUAUAUGAAGCUCUAUGCUGGAUUGAAAUUCCAAGCUAAAGAACCAAGGUUUGAAGCCAUGAAAACCAUGGAAUCAACUCUCAAUCUGGGUCCCAUUGCAAUUGUUUGAGAGGGAGCAGUCUCUCUUUCUACUUUCUAAUUGGAAAAGGCCAAAAAAUGGGUUUGCUUGUGUGUCUGCUAAUAAUUUAAUAGUCUACAGUAUUAGUCUGGUGCUGGGAAAAAAAAAAAAAA